GUUUAACUCUACACACACCUUGUCAUAAAACUACACAGGUGACUGCCGGGACAGAGGAGAAAUCCGGGUCUAAAUGGAGUCCACCCUCCAAAAAGGUGGAGCAGACACUCCUGGUGUCCAGCAGCCGCCGGUGGUCCUGUCUGGUGGACUACAGCCAGUGGCUGAGGUAGCAGAACCUGCAGACCCCAGUGACGUUAAGUCAGAGUCAGACAAGGGUCAACCUGGAGUCCUCAUAGGAGGAGGAGAUGGACAGGAGCUGUACUCAUUUGACAGCUCUCUGUCCUCCUCUGACAGUGAAGAUGAAGGGAUAGGCAAGAAGGAAAAGAAAAAGAAGCUCAAGAAGAAGAAAAAGAAGAAGGAUUCCAGCUCAUCUUCCUCAUCUUCCUCUUCUUCUUCUUCUUCUUCUUCCUCCUCCUCUUCCUCCAGCAGCUCUUCAGAUAGUGACAGUGAGGAUGACAAGAAAAAGAAGAAGAAGAAAAAGGAAAAGAAGAAAAAAGAUGGGGUGAAAGAGCACAUCUGGGACCAUGUUGUUAUAUCCCAGGCUGGUCCUGAUGGGCAAGUUGAACUGCAGUCUGCAGAGGGUUUAAAGAUGGACCAGGAUUUCACCUCAUCUGAUGAUGAGGUUGUGGAGAAAAAAAAGAAGAAGAAAGACAAGAAGAAGAAGGACAAGAAAAAGAAAAAGGACAAGAAGAAGGACAAGAAGAAGAAAAAGGAUUCCUCCUCUUCAUCCUCAUCUGACAGCUCAUCCUCAGACAGCGAGGAUGAAAAGAAGAAAAAGAAGAAAAAAAAGAAGAAGAAGGACUCCAGCUCCUCUUCCUCCGAUAGUUCCUCAUCAUCCUCCUCUGAUAGUGAUGAUGACAAGAAGAAAAAGAAGAAAAAGGACAAGAAGAAGAAGGAUUCUUCUUCUGAUUCAUCCACCGAUUCUUCUAGUGAUGAUGACAAGAAGAAAAAGAAGAAAAAGAAGGACAAGAAGAAGAAAAAGGACAAAAAGAAGAAGAAGGAUUCCUCCUCUGAUUCUUCCAGUGAUUCUUCUAGUGAUGAUGAUAAGAAGAAGAAGAAAAAGAAAAAGGACAAAGAUAAGAAGAAAAAGAAGGAUUUGUCUUCUUCAUCUUCUUCCUCCAGUGAUUCUUCUAGUGAUGAUGAUAAGAAGAAGAAAAAGGACAAAGAUAAGAAGAAGAAAAAGAAGGAUUCAUCUUCUUCAUCUUCUUCCUCCAGCGAUUCUUCUAGUGAUGAUGAUAAGAAGAAAAAGAAGAAGAAAAAGGACAAGAAGAAAAAGAAGAAGGAUUCAUGUUCUUCAUCUUCAUCUUCAUCCUCCAGUGAUUCUUCUAGUGAUGAUGAUAAGAAGAAAAAGAAGAAGAAGGACAAGAAGAAGAAGAAAAAGAAGGAUAAGAAAAAGGACUCAGAUUCUUCUAGCAGUGAUAGUGAAAAAAAGAAGAAAAAGAAGAAGAAAGAUAAGAAGAAGAAAAAGAAAAAGGACAAGAAGAAGGACUCAAGCUCCAGUUCAUCGAGUUCCUCUGAUAGUUCCAGUGACAGUGACAAGGAAAACAAGAAAGACAAGAAAAAGAAACAGAGUCCAAGCCUAUCUGGAAGUGAAACUGACAAGAAGCAGUCUGAAAGCUCCGAGGCUAUGAAAAGUCAGGAGCCAAAAACGGAGGCUUCAGGCUCAGGUAGUGGGGAAUCUUCACUGUCCAGCGGCAGCAGUUCAAGACCUGGUGGUACUUCUUUUGUCUCCUUCACGACUCUACCCUCUAAACCGGUCGUGAAGCUGGAUCCGCUGAAUCCUACAUCUGUCUCAAAGCCCCCUCUGUCCCCUACCACACAGAGUCCUGGCGAGAGGGCCCCCAUUCGUAGACCUCUGAGCCCCAUGGAGACCCUGAUAGGCAGUCCUAGGAGGUAUGGAGACACUGGGAGUCGAUCCACUACCCAUCUGUCCUCCAGUGAUUUACUCAGAGGACCCAAGCCUUACCAAUGAGAGGUCACAGAUGUUGGAAAUGUCAUGGAUGAAAAAAAUACUGCUGAAAAAAAAAAGUUUUUGCCAGAAAGAUAUGAUCAUUCAUCAUGCAAAAUAAAGGCUUUGGGUGUAUUUUUUUUUUUUUUAAUUUUUAUCAUGGAUUACAAGCAAAAUCAUGGUAUUUUAUAUGAUAAAAAUAAAAGCUCUGUUGUGGAGGCAAUGAAAGUUGAUGACACUGAAAAAAUGGGGAAAAAUAAAACUGAUAAUAAU